UGUCGCCAUUUCCAAGCGCCCGCUUUCAAAAUGGCAGCUAGGAGGAAGUUGGCAGUGAGGACGAACGCGAAGUUGUAACUUUGAGGACGUCAGCGCAACUUCCGGUCUGCUGGCAAGAUGGCUGCGCCCAGUGGUGGCUUGCAACCUCGUGAACGGCGUUUUGCAGGGCAGGAAGAGGACUGGGAUAACGCGCCGCCUAAGAGGCCCCGGCUUGGUGCAGGAAGCAAGAGCGGAGGCCGUAGGCUCAUUGUGGUGCUGGAAGGGGCCAGUCUGGAGACAGUCAAGGUCGGGAAAACUUACGAGCUACUCAACUGUGACAAGCACAAGUCCAUGUUGUUGAAGAAUGGACGGGACCCAGGGGAAGUCAGACCAGACAUCGCCCACCAGAGCUUACUGAUGCUGAUGGACAGCCCCCUGAACCGAGCUGGCUUGCUCCAGGUUUAUAUACACACACAGAAGAAUGUACUGAUUGAAGUGAACCCCCAGACGCGGAUUCCUAGGACCUUUGACCGCUUUUGUGGCCUCAUGGUUCAGCUUUUACACAAACUCAGUGUCCGAGCAGCUGAUGGCCCUCAGAAGCUUUUGAAGGUAAUUAAGAAUCCAGUGUCUGACCACUUCCCAGUUGGCUGUAUGAAAAUUGGCACUUCCUUUUCCAUGGCAGACGUCAGUGAUGUGCGAGAGCUGGUGCCCAGGAGUGACCCAAUUGUUUUUGUGGUGGGGGCCUUUGCCCAUGGCAAGGUCAGUGUGGAGUACACAGAGAAGAUGGUGUCCAUCAGCAACUACCCACUGUCUGCUGCCCUCACCUGUGCCAAACUUACCACAGCCUUUGAAGAAGUGUGGGGCGUCAUUUGAGAACCGCGGAGCCUAGUUCUCAGACAGGAGGACUCUUGACAUUAUGUCUGUUGACUCCUAAGGUGUCUGUUGAAGAUAAUCUUCUGUACCAAGACGGCAGAGUGGGCAGCCAGACUGAAUUUGUUUUGCUUUCCUAUAAAGACUGUGCUUUUCUCUUUUUUGCAAA